GGAGCCCAGUGACCCGCAAGGGCAGCGUGGCGUCCCCCAGAGCGUCCCCUGCGAUCGCGGGCUGACCGUCACCGGCUCCGGGCCUUGCUCCCCCGGGCGGGGGGCGCCGCCGGGGCCCGAGCGGGGCCGCGGGUUUGUCGAGUCACCCUCGGUGAAACGCCUAGUCUCGGGAUUUCUGGUUGCCAGAGUAUGGCGGCUUUGCCUGAAGGGAAAGGACACCCUUCAGCAUCCUCCCCCAGGCCAUGGGAGAAGCAUCGACUCCCUGCAGCAUCCUCGGCCGGGUGGGAACUUCAGCCCACGCGGACCCACCGGGCUGUCCCUCCACGCUCCUAUCCACGGGGCAGAGGGCGGCCCUUCCUCCCCUUCCCCAGAAAUCUUUACAGAGGGUACAUAGCACAAGCGCAGAGUUUAAAUAGCCCAGAAGAAAGGUGUGAGCUGGGCAGGAAUAGUCCUCUAGGAAUAAGAACAGAUUUCUUUGAAAAGAGAUUUCUCGUGGCCGUGUAGAUUCCUGCAAAAUCAUGCCGGGUUGUGAGGGUCAAUCUCCUCCAGCUUGGAGGCAGUGGGAUGAGAUUUGGACUUUCCAACCCCCAAGGGCUGCAAUGCUGGAAACACCAGAUCUUCAAAUCCAAAAGCUUCUAAGACAUCAUCUCAUUCUGGUGGUCACCCUGGGGUUGCAUUGGAAGGGGCCAGUCCUGCUUUUCCUGUUGACACAGUAUUUCUGCUGCACACGGGACAUUCCCGCUGAGCCCAGCCUUGCCCUUUACUCAGGAGCACGUGCACAACAGCUCUUGCAGAGCUUGCGGAAAUUUGGGUUGGAAGUCAGGAAGUGAGCCAUGACACUGGGUCUCGUGCCCACAGAAAGGCGAGUCCUGCUGUGAGGCUGCAGCUCCUCAGCCCCUCAGCCAGGGCUCAGUCCCCCAUCCGACAGCAGUUGUGUCCUCUCCCUGGAUUUGAGGGACAAGAGGAGUAGGGAAGUGCCUGACUCCCGUGUUGCUGCAUUCCAGCCUGUUUGCUGCCCUCCCACCCUGAUGGAGCCAGUGCUGGCUGAGGAUCCCCCUCGAGUGCAUGUUGAUCUUCAUCAUCGGAGGCUUGGUGAUCCUGGCGUACUGCUCACAGGCCAGCAACGAGCGCACCUACCAGGAGGUUGUGUGGGCUGUCUGCGGGAAGGUGCCUGGUGUGCUGUGCGAGGUGGCCAUCGCUGUCUACACCUUUGGCACUUGCAUCGCCUUCCUCAUCAUCAUUGGAGAUCAAGAGGACAAGAUCAUUGCUGCUCUGGUGAAGGAGCCCGAGGAAGUUGGGAGCAGCUGCUGGUACACAGACCGCAAGUUCACCAUCAGCAUCACCGCCUUCCUCCUCAUCCUGCCCCUCUCCAUCCCCAAAGAGAUUGGCUUCCAAAAAUAUGCCAGUUUCCCCAUCUCGGAGGCAGAGGAGCUGCUGAGCAUCGUGCAGCCACAGUGCCGUACUUCAGGGCUUGUGUCCCUCCCUUCUGCAUGCUGGAGGAAGCAGGGGGAGCUGCUUUCAACUGCAUUGUCUCCUAUCUUUGGAGUUGGCAAUCCAGCAGAAAGGAGAGCCACUCCCUCAGUGUGAUUGGCACAUGGUAUGUCACAGCAGUCAUUAUCAUCAAGUACAUCUGGCCCGACAAGGAGCUGGUGCCUGUGGAGAUCCCCACCAGCCCCUCCACCUGGACAGCUGUCUUCAAUGCCAUGCCCACCAUCUGCUUUGGGUUCCAGUGCCAUGUGAGCAGCGUGCCCGUCUUUAACAGCAUGAAGCAGCCAGAGGUGAAGACCUGGGGGGCAGUGGUGACAGCAGCCAUGGUGAUUGCUCUCUUUGUCUACACAGGCACUGGUGCCUGUGGCUUCCUAACCUUUGGAGCUGGCGUGGAGCAGGAUGUCUUGAUGUCCUACCCCUCCAAUGACAUCCCUGUUGCCCUUGCCCGGGCUUUCAUCAUCCUCUGUGUGCUGACAUCCUACCCCAUCCUACACUUCUGUGGCCGGGCUGUCUUGGAGGGUCUCUGGCUCCGCUACACUGGGGUAACAGUGGAGGAGGACGUGGUUCGGGAGCGGAGGAGACGCCUGCUUCAGACCAUCAGCUGGUUCCUCCUGACACUCCUCCUGGCUCUUUUCAUCCCUGACAUUGGCAAAGUCAUCUCUGUCAUUGGGGGCUUGGCCGCCUGCUUCAUCUUUGUCUUCCCAGGGCUCUGCCUGAUUCAAGCCAAGCUCUCCGAGAUCCAAGAAACCAAGGCAAUCAGCUGGUGGGCCCAGGUCAGCUAUGGGGUCUUCAUGGUCACCCUUGGAGCCUUCAUCUUUGGACAGACCACUGCCAAUGCCAUCUUUGUGGAUCUUACAGCCUGACUCCUCCAGGCUGGACUGCACUGAUGCUGCUGAAGGGAUGGAGAUUUCCCCUAGGACCAAAGGGAAGUGGGAAGAAAACAUGUUGGUGUGUUGAGAAGAUCCAAGAGAACUGUUGUGACUUGGGGCUUAGCUGAACAAGCCCUAUGGUGGUUUGUAUCUCAUUGUCUUAAGGCACCAGGCAGUCAGGCUUCUCUCAGCCCUGGCUCCCUGGUGAAGCCAGAGCAACACUACACAGGGACCUGUCAUCCAGGCCAAGCCCCUUCUGCCCCUCGGGGCAGACAUCACUCCCUGAGACAUCACCAAGGGGUCAUGGUUGGGGUUUGCAAAGCUACGCUGCUCUCAUCUGUGUACCCUUGUGCUGGUGGAGCUCCUUUCCACAGCUAAAACUCCUUCUUCUCCCAACUUUGGAGAGGGAAGCAGUGUUCUGCAUAAAGGGAAAUAGCAAUCAUGUUUAUCAGACAGGGAGACACCCCCAUAGUCCUCUUCUGUGUCAGUAUUUGGUUUGAACUCUGGUUUCCUGCUGGUCUCCUGCCCCUACUCUCACAUCUCACUCUGCCUGGGCUGCACUUUGUGUUACAAAGGGUUGCCUUCAGCCUGUUUGGGUUGGUUUUUCUUGAGGAUCAGAAUGACCCUGGGGUAGGGACAUGCCAGUGCAAUGUUUUCCCUGCCAGGGGUUGCUCACUCAGUAGAGAAGCUACGACUGCAUCGACCUACUGAAGACACUACAAUAGAGCAAGGCUCUUCUCCAGAUUUAUAAUCCCGUUCUUCCAGGUGUCCAGGGAAUGGGACUGGGCCAGGUUUUAAGGGGUGCUUUUGAGAUAAAGCAGUCAGUAUUAAUUUGUUUUAUAUUGUUCUCUUGGUCAUUUACACUCUAUAUGGCUGGUGUUGCUCUGGGCUGUCCCUCUGCUGCCUGUCUGGAUGAUAGUUUCAUUCCUGCUUUUGCUGGGUUGAGCAGUUCCCCCAGCUGCAGAUUUGGUUGGGGGUGUUAAACCUCAACAGCAAAAUUCUCUUGUUCUGUCCUUGAGUUCCUUUUCAUCUUGUUUGGCUUCUAAAACCCUUGGGGAGGGAGGAAUUCAGGUGUACCUGUUGAUGCAUCUGUGACAAGGGUUCAGCACAGAUUUGUCCAAACUUGGCCCUGCACCUCCUGCAUCUUCUGGAAGCAGCACAGGCUGUUGUGGUGGGAAGGAGAACCAUGUCUUGUGCUCCUGUACUUCUCAACGUGGCUCUUUCCCUCUGCAACCAGAGGCUGCAGGCGGGGCGACAGCGCGUGGAUGCUUCCUCACGUGGAAACAUUUGGUCUUUCCUUACUAACACUGCAUAUAAAUGGGGCCCUCCCCACUGCUGCUCGGGACAGGGAGACACAAAUGGGGAAGGAAGAAAAGCCCCAAGCACAGCAGGAAUGUUUGAGGGUUGCUGUGGAGGUCCCAAGGGAUCUCCAGCAUCUGUGCCCUCAUCUUUUGACAAAACCAGGCUCCACCAAACCCCCACUUGUAUGGCACUGGCUGUGUCCUGAGCCCCUUUGCCAGGCUCCUGCCUAUGAGGAGGAGCUGGGGCUCAGGGGACCCUUUGGCAUAAAGAAGAUGUCCAGUUGUCCUGGAUGUGGGGAGCACAGAGCCACCUCCCAUGGAGCCCAGCAGAGAUACUCAGCAGAUGCCAAUGCCAAAAUGCCUCCAGUGCCCACCCUGCACCAAAAUGAAAAGGUUUGGUACCUGGUGGCUCUUGUGGCUGUGGCUUUCCUGAAGGUGUGCUAGGCAUGAGGAGGUCCCUUGGCCAAACUGGAGGAGGACACAGUGUCCCAUAUCUUCGGUUGUCACCUGGAGAACACCUGGGCUCCCUUGGUGCUCCCACAGUGUCCCUGUGGCUGAGGGUAAGGCAGGUCUAGAGGUGGUGUGGCUGUUCCUGUUUGCCUUACUGUUUCCCUGUUUACAAACACUGGCCUUUUAACAUGUAUUUUGUACAUGCAGAAAGUGGAGGGAACUCAACUCAAUAAAAGUGACAUUGUGAUGUGUG